AUGAGUGGUUUCACAGAAGACCUUGAGGCUGGGCCGACGCAUAGUGCCAGGGGUUACGAGCUUCCAUCCCUCCAACAGAAAGAUGGGUUUCAAAAUAUACUUCAGACGCGCCGUUUGAUCAAUGACGAGCUGAACAAAAUCAGCGAAACCCAACAAACCGUACUUCGACCCGCCCAGCAGGCAGUGUUAGAUGCGACAACCCCCACGGAAGAUCACCAGGCUAAUUCACGAAUGACCUCCAUCGAGGAGGAAAUAUCAGAAUCCUUCGGGCGCAUCCGCGGGCUGAUUGCUGAUCUCAAAGCUACGUCUGACCGGGCCGACCCUCGCGUCGAGGAGCAGAUUAGGAUUAUCAGUAAUACCAUGGAACAACCGUUGCAAGAUUAUCGCCUGGAACAGACGCAGUUCUCGCGGAAGCUUCGAGAGCAAGUGCGACGUCGAUACCAAAUUUCGCACCCCGAAGCGACAGAAACAGAGGUAUCCGAAGGAGUUGAGAAUGUCAUCCAGGGUGGGGAGCAGCUCUUUGCAGUCCAGGGCACACGAACUCAAAAGGCCAAUGAUGCGAGAAAUGCAGUUGAACAGCGAUCGGCGACCAUUCGCAGAAUCGAACGAGAUUUAAUGACGGUCGCGACACUGUUCCAAGAGAUUGCUGAGCUUGUUGAUGAGCAUGAGUUUACAGUCGAAAAGAUUCAAGAUCAUACCGCAGCUGCCCAUGAUGAUCUGCGUAGUGGAAAUGAGAAGCUUUCUUUUGCUGUGACAAGCGCACGCAAUGCCAGGAAGUACAAGUGGUAUAUUUUGCUAGUAAUUGUCUUAAUUAUCGCAAUUAUUGUUGGUGCCUCUGUGGGAUGGUGCAAGGCUACGGAUCACUGUUAA